AUUUUGUUCAUUUUUAAUUCUCUCUUGCACUCUUCAUUUCAUUGUUAUAUCCACUUAAGAUUUAUAUUAGACAAUAUCAGAACUAGCUUGCGUUCACCUCGUAAUUGGUCUCUCAGCUGAGCUGGUGGGACUUGGUUCUAAUUCUUUCUUAUUCCCACCGACAAAUGCUAACGUUUCAAGUGGAUAAGACAUCACAUAUUAUAAUUUCUGAUGGAAACCAGAGAAGAUCAUCGUAAUGACUAUUCGCACGUUGACUUACAAAUUGACUGGAUAAAGUGCAUGCAUUUAGGAUAAGAAGAAAGGCACAUCUGAUCUUAAGCAGAUUCAGUGAAGGGAUUGCAAUAUUACAUCACUGCUUGAAUAUUGAAACACUUUUUGUUUUUGAUCAAGGGCUGAUCUCCAAAUAAUUUACUACUGUACAAGGAUGCAUGAACUAUAUUGCCUCAACAACCAAGUUGUGAUGCAAGGGUGGGCAACGUUGUCACCCUCCUAACGACAUAACAUAAAGUCCAUGAUGUAACCACUCUGAAGCUUGUGAGAUAUGUCAGCUGAUGUUCUUUUUGAGUCCGCCUCUUAAGUACAAAACUAUUAUGAGAAAUAAUGAUCUCUAUUAUGAUCUUUUAGACUCUGCAGAUUAACAAUUAAGUUGCCCUAAACUUCAACCUCGUUUUGUGUUUCCAAAAAAAAAAAAAAAAGAAGAAGCUGAUUUCACAGUUACGUGAUGUUUGAUAGUGAAAGUGGUAGGACCAGUUGGAUGACAAGUUCAUGCACAAUCCACAACUUAAGCAGCCCAGCCUACGCAUAGUAAUCUUAUUUUAAUGCACCAAAAGUCUCUUUGCUCAGUUUACCUCUGAUGUCUGAUGUCUGAAAGCUUAUAAAACAACAUAGCCUUCCAACCAUCUCUCAUCAAAAACAUACUCAAAAUUCAAUCUUCACAGCCUCCAACAAACAAUGGAUAAUUUCUUCUUGUCAUUCCAACACCAGAAACACCCAGAGAAGCUCAAUAAAAAGAGGCUGACUGAAGAUCAAGCGGCCAUCCUAGAGAAAAGCUUUGCCUGCAGAAAGAAGUUGGAGCCAGAGCAGAAAUUGCAGCUCUCAAAACAACUGGGUGUGCCUCCGAGACAAAUUGCAGUAUGGUACCAGAAUAAGCGAGCUCGCUGGAAGACACAGAGUCUUGAGGAGGACUAUGGUGCCUUGCAGUUGAAGCUAGAGAAUCUCAUGGCAGAGAAGAAACAGCUUGAGAGAGAUGUGGAAAGGCUCAAGGCCGAGCUGAAGGAGGCCAAAGAGAUGUUGCUCUUCAUGAAAGGUGAAGCAGAAGCUAAAACUCACAGUUCUUUCGCUGAGUUUUCAUAUAAUUGUGAAGAGGUUAUGCAGGUUGAAGAGCUUUAUGCUUGUUUCAUGGGUCCCAAUAAGUUCCUCUGAAAUUAAAGUUCCAUAGGACGCAUCACUCGAUGCUUAUUAGACUUCCUUUCUUAUCGUACUUAGUAGAAGAAUCAAACCUUGUGUUGACAGAAAGAUAAUAUCGGUCUGUUCAUUUGGUCAUGGAAUUGUGGGGUCUCCAAAAGUUACUCCAUUUUUUCCUGUAAGGGGUAUGCAUAUUGCAUAAGCCUGGAAAUAAAAAUGACCUCCUGGCUACUGAAGGCAGCUCAUGAUCUUUGUAAAAUCCAAAAUUUCAUGAAUCAAUACGACGGCUUAUUGCAUCAGUAA